AUGAUCAGGACAAGCUCUUAUCCACCCAUGAAAAUCUUCAUGACGGCAACCAGAUCCAGUGUGAUGGUGUUAGUCAUUGUGGUCACUGGAGCUAACGAUGGUCUACUCUCUGUGUGGAGAGCCAACAAGGAUGGUCCGCGUGGUUCAAGGCGUUUACGGUUAGAGAAAGCCCUAUGUGCUCACAGAGCCAAAGUCACUUGUCUACGUGUAAGCCAACCUUACAUGAUUAUCGCAAGCAGUUCAGAUGACUGUACAGUUGUCUUAUGGGAUCUCAGUUCUUUAAGUUUUGUGAGGCAGCUUCCUGAUUUCCCAGUUCCCGUUUCAGCAAUCUACGUAAAUGACCUUUCAGGAGAANUCAUAANUGNUGCUGGAACUUUANUCGCGGUUUGGAGCAUNAACGGCNAUUGCNUUGCNAUGGUUAACACAUCACAGUUACCAUCUGAUUUGAUAGCAUCAGUAACGGGAUCAACGUUCUCUGAAUGGCUGAAAAUAAUCUGGUAUGUAACUGGUCAUCAAAGCGGGGCGGUUAACGUGUGGCGGAUGGUACAUUGUACUGAUCCGGUGAGUUCCGAGAUCGAAACAGCUAGCAACAGAACAGGAGGAGGGCUAAUAAAUUUGAUUGAUCAAGUGCCAGUCAAUCAUAAAUAUACGUAA